AAAAUGAAAAAUUCAAAAGUGAAAGGCCCAUCCGGUAAAAAAAUAGGUGGUAAAGGAAAGAUCAACCCAGAACAGAACCGCGACCAGGUUUCUGUCUUUUCGUCGGAGUUCUUCCAAGUUCUCCAUGAUAUAAAGAACGCUGUAGAACUAUCAGUGAAGGCAACCGUAGAAAAAGUAUCAAGCAAUGACUUCGCAGGCAAUAGUGAUGCUGGUACUUCCAUGGAGCGGAUUGAAGUGUACAAACGUGGCAAAGAUUUCUACGAGGGCAAUGCCAUCGUCAUUCGCCCAGCAGGCGAACUCUUAAACUUUGCCGGCAUUAAGGACGAAGAGAUUCUUCUUGAAUAUGAAGAGGCUUUCCGUUGCACCCAGAAAAUCGUCGACGCUGUUCCCAGCUACCAUAAAUAUGAAAUAUUCCUGAUGCUCUAUCCCAUGCUGACCUUUGCGUACCUGCAAAUGGUUAUGGGAGAGAAAUUGGAGAGGGCCACGUGCUUCUUGAAGGAGGCUGCCACGUGCUUGGACGAGUCGUACAGUCGGCGCAUCGACAAGCUCAAGCUGAUUCGCAAGCCGGAUGACCUGCCGGGAAGGGCCCUGGAACUGCUCGCUGGUGCGGACACUGUGGCGGUCGCUAUGGCCCGUCCGACCUAUCUUCUGUACAUAAAUUGCGUGACAGACUGGACUCGUGGGCAGCAGGAGAAGCUGCUACGCCAUUUCGCCAUCCGCAGCUACAACGAUGAGGACCCGCUCCAGGAGUCGACCUUGCCUGGGCUGCCUCAGCUGGAGCCCCUUGUCAACAGUUCGGUUGACUUGCCGAACUGUCUUCCACUGGAUCGAGACAAUCGGCCCAUGAUCUUCAACUUCGCAGCCGGGGGGGGCGAUGCGAAAGUUCUCUGUUGCACACCAUCGGGCGACCUGUCAAUGGUGGCAAUUGGCUUGAGCAACAACAAUAUCCGUGUCACCGUAGGCUUGGACAAGAUUAGUCCGGACUCCAAUUGCCGCAGGGACGAGAAAACACUCAGCGGCCACAAGGAGCCAGUCUUGUCCCUCGCCUUUGCCCCCCAGAACCGCUUCCUGCUCAGCAGCUCGCGGGACUUCACGAUGCGUCUGUGGUGCGUGAUCUCCUGGACCUGUGCCACCGUCUAUUCAAACCAUCUGUGCACCUUCGUGGCGUUUGCCCCGCGGGGCUUCAUCUUUGCCGGCACCUCGGACGAUGGCAUUGUACGACUCUGGGGUAGCAGCACGAAGAAGCCCUUUCUCCAGCUCGCCGGUCAUCUGGCAGACAUGGAGGUGUGUCUGUUCCAUUCCAACAGCCAGUACCUGGUCACAGGCUCCGCCGACUGCACGGUGAGAAUGUGGGACAUUAAAAAGGGCCUUCAGGUGCGUCUCUUCCGUGGCCACAAGUACAACAUCACUGCUCUGGCGUUCUCAAAGUGCGGCCGUUACCUGAUCUCCGGGGGCCACGAUUGCCUCAUAAUUGUGUGGGACACGGACAGCGGACGGAUGGUCCGCACCCUGAAACAUCACACGUCCGUCAUUAAUUCGAUUGCUGUAAACACUGAGAACAAUAUGCUGGCGGUGGGUGACGAUACCGAUUUGAGCUUCUGGGACCUUCAGCUCCUCGUGAAAAACUACAACCCCAACCCCGGCGAUAAGGAGUCAUCUGCAAAGCCGAGCCUCAAGAAGCUGCUUUACGGCUUCUUUGACAAUUUGAAUGGAUCGCUGCGCUGUCUUCGCUUUGUUUGUCGUAAUUCCAUAAUGGCCAUCUGUUCAGUCCCAACGGAGUAGGACGAGAAGGCCAAGAAGAACGCUGAAGAUGGUGUUGUCGUCACCGAGGAAAUCGAUAAAAAAAAGUUUUGGUUAAAUGCCAAGUAAGAUGGUUGUGUCGACACUUUAACUCUAUCCUUAAAUUCGAUGUUCAACAUUAAAAUUAACCUAUGUACCCAUAA